GUUAACGGAAUUAGCCGGAAUUCAGCGAAGUGUUUUGCAAAAAUGGAAAUGUUUUUAUUUACAAAAAUGACAGUUAUGGGAUAUUUUAAGGCUAUGAGACAAAAGCACACAUGAAGAACAGUAAACCUUUUAUCAAAUUAUGCUUUUAAUCUAUAAACUAUAUCAAACGUUUUAAGGAAUGUCGCGAUUUUUCCGGUUUCUCAGCCGUAGACGAACUGGGAGGGGUAUAAAAAAACACGACCACCCAAUAAAAAAGAAAAAUGCCAUUACUUGUACUAUUAUGUUGUUAGAUGGUACUGAAUACACAACAGAAGUUCAUAAACAUGAUGAGGGUGUUGUUUUACUAGAGAAGUGUUUUUAUCACCUAGAUAUUAUAGAGAAAGAUUAUUUCGGCCUUCAGUAUACUGACCACAACAAUGUCAGUCACUGGUUGGAUGCAACGAAAAGAAUUAAAAAACAAGUUAAAAUUGGUCCACCAUUUUCGUUCAGAUUUCGGGUGAAGUUUUAUUCUUCAGAACCAAACAACUUACAUGAAGAACUUACAAGGUACCAGUUUUUCCUACAGUUAAAGCAAGAUAUACUAUAUGGAAGAUUAGAAUGUGAUCAAGAAACUGUGAUAGAACUGGCUGCCCUUGCCUUACAAUCUGAACUUGGCGACUAUGAUGACACAGUACAUACACCCGGUCAGAUAUCUGAGUUCCGUUUCGUUAAAGAUCAGUCAGAGGAACUUGAGAUAGCCUUCCUGGAACAGUACAAGAAAUGCAGUGGAAUGACCCCAGCUCAAGCUGAGUUAAAUUAUCUCAACAAAGUGAAAUGGUUAGAGAUGUACGGUGUGGACAUGCAUGAUGUCAUGGGUAAAGAUGGAAACUUGUAUCAUCUAGGGCUAACACCUACAGGAAUACUUGUGUUUGAAGAGGAUAAUAAAAUUGGUCUCUUUUUCUGGCCUAAGAUGACUAGGCUGGAUUUUAAGGGGAAGAAACUCACCCUGAUAGUUGUGGAAGACGAUGAUGAGGGUAGAGAACAAGAGCAUCAAUUUGUGUUCAGAAUGCCGAGUGAUCGUGCAUGUAAACAUUUAUGGAAAUGUGCCGUAGAGUAUCAUGCUUUCUUUAGACUGAAAGGGCCGGUUACAGAUAAAAAUGCUCGCCAAAAUUUCCUCAGAAUGGGAUCUCGUUUCAGAUACAGUGGUAGGACUGAAUACCAGACUGCCUCCACGAAUCGUGCUAGACGGAGUGUGAAGUUUGAAAGAACUGCAAGUAAGCGCUAUUCUCGUCGACCUACAUUUGAGAAGCGCGAGAGAGAAGAGGCCAUGAGGCGACAACAGGAGAGGAGAAAGCGUGAACAGGAAAGAAACUCGCAAACUAAGGUUGAGACAACAAUAGGAGUUGAACCAACUCCCUCUACGUCUGGUGCCGCAGCUGGCUCAAGCUCCCCGACAAGGACCACACCAAGUAGCCUCCCUCUGGCUAAUGGAGGUGUAGGGGAGGGAUCAGGAACGUUGACAAGGGGUAAAAGAGAGAAAUCUCCGACAGGUAGCAUACCGUCAGUACCAUCACCUGGUCAGGCUGCAGCUAGCACGGAUGUUAGUCUUAAAGAUGCAUCAGAAGCUGCCCAGGCAAGGCUUAAAGGUUUGGAUCAGACUUCCCCUGCUCCUGUUAAAGCACCACCAAAGGACGUCAACACAUAUAAGAACAACCAGGUGAAGUUUUCGGCGGGUGCCGGCACCAUACCACCGGACCAAAUUAAGUGCAAUAUAUUAAAAGCCAAGCGUGAUGAGGAAAUGAAGAAGGCAAAUGAAGGAUCUCAAUUAGAUGGAGCCCUGCAGGUAGAAUUACCAGAGAAGAAGAGCAAGGAGACAGAAAUCUCAGACACAAGGAGUAUAUCUAGCGAGACUUCGGUCGAGGAGGAAGCUAAAGGGCCCAAGGAGACUGUAAUUGACGAUGUUGUACCGAAAGUGAAAAAUGUCAAUGAAUUUGUCGCCGAGAAAGAUGCCGACACUGAAGCUGAUAGUGUAUUCCAUACCAGUGAUACGUUACCCCUGGUGCGUGGUCAGAGGGGUUCCUCAUCCAGUAGUAGUUACAGUACUGGGGCAAAAUCUCGUAUACAAAAUGGGUAUGAGAGUAUAGAACGUAGGAAGAAAAGUUCAAGCAGCCAUAAUGAAGUGUUCAUAUCCAGCAGUACAGGGAAAGGCCAGGAAAUUGCGGAAAUGCGGAACUCUCCCACCCCUGCAGUGCGGUCCUCAUUGGCCAAACCAGAGGGUGCUCAGGAUGAUUCAAGGUCGCCAGCUCGUCCUGCUCUCCCACCCCGGGUUUCAAGCUCCACUGGUCCAAGCCCACAACCAUCCCCUAAACCUCCUCCGAGACCUCCUUCCUUGAAAUCAUCUGCCCCGCCUCCUCGCCCACCUCCCCCUAGCAAGAAAAAUGGGGAGAUAAUGAUAGACUUUGCAGGUGAGAGUUCAAGUCUCUCAAGGUCAAGACCUCUUUCUGACAGGCAUUUAAGCCCAGAAGCUCCUCAAAUGAGGCCAAGGUCUCCAGUAGGUCAGAUCUCUAGGGACAGUUCUAAUAGGGGCAGCUUCAGGGACCCGUCAACUUAUGAUGAUAACUUGAACCCAUUUGGGGAUGAUGAUGAAGAAGAAAAUAAUGAGGAAGUCCCUGAAAAGGCCCCACCAAGGCCUGACAGGGUCUCAAUAAACCCUUUUUUCAAAGCCUCUGUUAAGAAAAAAGCUGCACCUUCUCCCCCAAAAGAAAUAAAUCAUGAGAGGGCGGGAUCAAAUAUACUUCCUGGGCCACAAGGUCAUUCUGAGCAAGAAAAUGAUGAAAGUGAGGCUGUGACCUUGGAUGACCCUACUGUGACCUCUGGAGCGACCAAUGAGAAUCAGGCUGAUGCAGAAGCCCCACCUGUUGUUAUUGAAACACAAUUCUCUGGUACCAAUGUUGCGACAAGGAAGAAUGUAUCUACAUCCAGUGUGCCAGGAACCAAAAGUUCAGUUACCACGGUGAAAGUGAGCCGGACUCAUUCAGAAUCUAUCGUUAACGGUGAUAAGUUAUCACCAUGGCAUGUCAGCCAAUCGAAAGACAAAAAAGUCGAAAGAAAAGUCACUCUUACUACAGAAUUGUGAAAGGAUAAAAAAAAAAUGUUCAGAAAUAUAUAUAUAUUUGAAUAUUUGUAAUUGUGUACACAGGAUGUGUUUUUUUCUGGAUUUAGUUUUUUUGAUAUUUCUUGGAAUUAUGGGAAGACUGAAGAGCUUUACCCAGAAUUCCUUACAGGAAGUUAGAUGUGUAAAUGAAAUGGAACGAAGUGGCAUAAAUGUAGAUGAUCUCUUUGAGACUGGAAUUUCAGAAUCGGAACAAAGUUCAGAAAAAGAAAUUCAUAGAAUUUUAUCUUUUAUUGUUGCUUGAAAUUUGCAAUUUUACACAUAUCAACUGUUGUUGUAAUUUACAUUUAAAAUGUUUGCUUCAUGUUUAAAAACAACAACAAACGAAGAAUGUGACCAAUAUUUUACAUGUUGAAUUUUCAGCUUUUAUUCUGAGACAUUCCAGGUUGAAAUUUUGUACAAAUAUUGUAAUUUUUACAGAAAAUUUUGUUGUUUUGAAUAUUUUUAACAAAUAUUUCUUUAUAUUUUUAUUGCCAAAACUCUUUUUCUGUUUAUAUUUCAAUUGAUAAUCUACUUGAUAUUUCAUAGUGAUCACUAAUGCAAUAUGCUGCUUGCCGCCAAUGUCUUUUUUUUAAAGCUGCAUGCCUCCAGAUAAACCAAAUAUUUCAAGAAAAUCAAACUUGAGAAAAGUACUGAGAUGUUAAGAAAAGUGAAAAGAUAAAAGAUUAAGAUAAUAAUAUCCAUGUUAUGUGCAUUUAUUACUGAUUUUGCAGUAUUUUUCACCAUAUUUCUACUGCGUUACUAACACAGUUAAGGUUAUUUCUGCAUAUUUUGACCUCUUAGGUUAAUUACAUGGGUUGUAAGUGCUGUUUUCAAUGUGAAAAUUAUUUCCUUUGUUCACUUAACAAUACUUAACUUUUUAAUAUAUUUUAAAAAAUGUCAUGAAAAUUAGCAUAAAUCUGGAGGUGUGCUGCUUUAAGUAAAACAAUUUAUAGGGUCUUAAAGAAAUAUGUGAUUCAUUAAAAACUUUCAAUUGUUAAUAAACACGGAAAACAAAGGUACAAAUUUUGCUUAGCUUAUAUAAAUAGCUUCUAAAUGCAAACUGAGUAUGGCCAACUCACUUGAUAUGUGACAUAUGUAACAACGGUCAGCCACACUCAGAAUGCUGGACAAAAUGUUUCUAAGGCUUUCAUGUACAUUCAUUUUUUUCAGACUUUUGUAAGUUCUUUUCUCAAUUGCAAUAUGGAUUAUGUGUGUUUGUGUCACUAGUUUUUACAUGUAUUUUGUUACCCCACUUGAAGAGAAAUGGAUUUGUUUGUUUCACAGGUUGUAAAUGCAAUAUUUUGUAAACCUCUUCAUACAAGUAUAUUCAUUUGUAUAAACAAUUUAACAUAUUUACAUAAUUUAGUAUAUCAAAGCAUGCAUUAUUUAAAAAAAUAAAAACAUUAUUUAGAUUUAAGAUAUAUAUAUUUUUAAAGUACUUUUACAACUUUAAUAAAAGAGUUUUAAAACCAGUCUAUUGCAUGCUGAUUUUUGAUUGGAUAAUUUUUAAAUUUCGAAUUUGAAAUUGACCAAUAGCAAGGCAGCAAAAUUCAGACUGGUUUUUUGACUUGUACAUUUUACUCUGGAUACGAUAUAUGUAUAUACAGUUUUACUAUACCACAUUAUUGUCUUAUAGCAAAAAAGGCAAGGAUAUGAAAAGACUUGUUUAUUUCAAGAACUUGCCAUGAAUUUUAUUUCAGUUUGACAUUUUCAUGUUGUUUACAGAAAAUAGUAUACUUCAGCAAUGAGAUGCUUAGUUCAAAAAUGUCCAUUGUCAGUCAUAUUGAAAUUUAUUUUAUACACCUUCUUACUGUACAAUAACUGGGUUAUUACAUGGUAUGGGAAAUGGAUAUGGACAAUUCAAUAUAACACUUCUAACUCAUAGAAACCUUUUUGUUUAAAUUUUCAUAGCCUUCUCAAUUCUUAAUUUCCUAUGAUAAAAUAAUAACUAGAUCCUGGUUGGCCAGUUCAUAUUUUCUAAAGUUUGCUAACUGUGCAAUAUCAAAAUUAAAUGCAUAGUUUUUACUGUUUCUUUGAAAUUUCAUUUGGGUAUUUGUGCAAUUAGAUAUCUAAUUGACCAAUAGGAAUACAUUUAUUUAUAAAUUCAAAGUCAUGUUUUAUGGUUUUAUAAAUCAGAUAUUGCACUAGAAUUGGGUGAUAUUGCACACUUGAUAUGUUAUAGUCUUUGUUUUAGUGAUUUUAAUACAUAUCUUAAUUCUGAAAUCAGCAUAAUUUUUACUUUUGCCAUUUUAAUUCAUGUUUUUAGAAUACAUUCCCUCAUAAAGUUUGCUAAACAUUUUUUUCUAACUUCUUUUAGAUAUUUUAGAUUGUAAAUUAUAUAUAUAUUUUUUAAAAGAUUGGUUUAUUUUAUUUGAAUGAUAUGUGGGUAUUAAUUCUGUUUUUUGAUAAAGAUGGUAAAAGGGUUUACUUUAGUCAGCAGUCUUAAAGUUAAAUUGUAGGAAUUCUAUUAUUGAAUACAUAUCAGUUUUUAGAGGUUGGCUUAAAUUGUAAUACAAUUUUUUUUCUAAUAAAAACAACAACAACAAAAAUACGAUUUGAUAUGAAAGUUAAUUUGGAAAAUAGAAAUUAAACAUAAGCAAAAAUUGAAUUAAUUUUUUAUUUCUUUGAUUUUUCCCCCCAUAUUUUGUAGAUAAAACUUAGAUUGGAAAAUUUUAUUAAUGUUUUUUGUGCUUUUAUUGUUUUUAUUGGGAGCUUAUUUCACAUAAAAUCUUUUAAUUUAAUCAUAAAAACUGGCAGUCAAAGUAACUUGUUUAAACUUUAAUUUGAUAGAUAUCAGUUUAAUCAUAAUGCAAUGCUUAAUGUGUGAGGGGUUUUCUGUAAGUCUAUAGUGCCAUUCAGUAUUGUAAAUAGAGUUGUUUCCCCUUUUUCACUAUCCCGCUCCAUGUUUCAUUUCUUUUUCUACUUUUUGUGAAAUAUAUUUCCAGUCUAUUGUACAUAUCAUACCUAAAGAUGGGCACUUUGUAUGCACAAGUCUUUGAUAAUAGCACAUUAUUGUAUCAUAUGUUAUAUUUGCCUGCAUAUAUCUGCCUUGUUGUAUAUGAUAGCUUAAAAGAAUUGCACACAUUUUUGUUUCUUGUUUGUUUGGAAGUGUAUUGUGAAUCCAGAUAAUACAAAGCCCUUCUUUUAAUAAAAGGGUAUAAAGCUAUAUUUGGCAGACUGUUCUCGCCAAAAUACAAGAAUAAAGCUAAAUUUCUUUUGGUAAAUUUAAAAUUUUCGACAACAAAAAUAAAUGAAAUUAAUUUUAUCGUAAACAGAAUUCUUACAGUUGUACCUAAAUUAGUAGAAUCAUUAGCAUAACAUUCAGAACAACUUGUAAUUCAUUUUUGCAGUAGGAAGAAAUAAAUAUGGCUGCUAAAAAUUUUGUUGUGCUUGCAAAUGUGAGCCUUGUUUGCUAACCCUAACUUAGUAAAUAUAGUAAUGGGAUAUUUUUGUUAUAGAGCAUUUUAUUCUGGAUAAUCCCAAUUUAAAUUGCUAUAGAAUAUUUUUGUCAUGGAACUAUUAAUUCUUUUAACUGUUUCAUCUUUCUUGAAAUACUGAGACACAGUUUGUCACUUAUAGUUUUAUGUGGGUUUUUCCUAAAUUUUAAUAAUGUAUUUAAAUGAGUGGACAGGCAGAAUGCAGAGCAAAAUGAGCAUUUUCUUGAGAACAGAGAAAAAAGAAUCCUAUGUUAUUGGAUGCUUUGUCUUACAGAUUUAUUUUCUGCUCUACUUAGCUUAUAUACAUGUUGUAUUAUAUAUAAUGAGCCGCGUCACGACAAAACCAACAUAAUGCGUUUGCGACCAGCAUGGAUCCAGACCAGCCUGCACAUCCGCGCAGUCUGAUCAGGAUCCAUGUUGUUCGCUAUCAGUUUCUCUACUCAUAAUAAAGUUGGUAAGCGAACAGCAUGGAUCCUGAUCAGACUGCGCAGAUGGGCAGGCUGGUCUGGAUCCACGCUAGUCGCAAACCCAUUAUGUUGGGUUUGUCGUGACGCGGCUCAUAUAUGUUAGAAAGAAUUGGAUUUUAAAUUUUUUUUGAAAUGUAAAGAUAGCUUACAAAGUUACUGGUAUUUGUGCAGAAGGUUUUAUUCAAACUUUGAAGACACUUUACAUGUUAUUUUAGUUGUUUUUAAACAUGUUGUUUUAUAUAAUAUGUAAACCCUUGAUUUUAGAGGUACAAAGUACAUAUCAACAAUGAUUGUUUUGUUGUUCAAAUUUUGUGGUGUCUGAUUUUGUGCAGUCUUAUGUUAUUUUUUUUUU